UUAUCCCGUAAGUCGCGAACGUUCGUCAUCACACGGUGGGGAGAAUACAAACGACGACUGUUGCCGAGAUUCAACGGAAACCCCCGGGGUGCGUGCACCUGAGACCCGAAUAACGACGACUUCUAGCUCGGGAAUACCAAUCAAAUGAGUUUCGUAUAUUAAUGUAAUCAGUCGUAAUCGUUUUGUUCUUGUUGGAAUCGAGGACUGAUAUAUAGGGGGUGAUUCGGUAUAAAGGGGGCGGUUCCAUCCGCCUAUCUUCUUUUUUAAAAUAAUAUAUAAAUUAAUUGAGACAUUUGUUUUAUAUUUAAAAAAAAAAAAAAAAAAAAACAACAAUUCUGAACCCCUCUGGAGAUUGAUUACUGUUACCUUGGAUCCGACCCUGGGUCUUUCUUAAAUCGUGCUGCCUAGCACGGAGCUCCAUGCUUGCUCUAGACAAAGAGUUGUGAUGUUUGAACGACAGUCAGUUGUGUUGCUAGGCCUGUAAGGGCGCACUGAUGUCUUCGCUUAAAAUCUGUCGGAGUUUGUUAACGAUCACCCGAUUGUCCGGUGAUUUCCGUGAAGGAAAACAGCUGUUACGGAAAUAUCGAACGCUUUUGUGUUUUCUAAAGAAUUAUUGUCAGGGCACGCAGUCCAAAGUUCUAGACAAAACCUCAUUUCUGAUAGUUCCAAUGCUAGCUGUUUUCGUGGGGAGUGGAAAAAAUAUACAACACGACAUCAGCAAGCCGGUGAAAAGCACUGUGAUGAAAGCUGAUGUACGAGACGUCAAGAAAACAGCAGACUUGUUGCACCGGAAGCACAAAGAGUCCGAGCUGUACUCGUUCCUCAAGCAGUACAGUCACCAUGACGACGCCGAGAUACAGUGGCGACUGGCCAGGGCAGCACAUGCCAUGGGAAAACGAAGCACGGACAAGCAAGAGCGGAAAGCUUUCAUGGUCGAGGCUUUUGAGUACGCCAAGCGAGCUCUGGAGCAAGAUCCUCACAUCUCUAACUGUCACAAGUGGUAUGCAAUUCUUCUUGACCAGACUGCACAGUACAAAGGAUUUCGUGCCAGACUUUGUAACGUGUUCACCGUGAAGAAACAUUUUGAAAAAGCCAUUGAACUCGAUCCAAAUGACGCCUUAUCGCUCCAUUCUGUGGGCCACUGGUGUUUUGCUGUCGCUGAUCUCAACUGGUAUGAGAGAAAACUCACCGAGGCACUCUUCCCUUGCCCACCCAGAUCCACUUACGAAGAGGCACUGGUGUACUUCGAGCGAGCUGAACAAGCUGAUCCCAAGUUUUUCUCCAUGAACUUCGUUAUGCUCGGUAAGACUCACCUACGUCUCGGAAACUACGACAAGGCCAUCGAGUAUCUGACGGAGGCAUGCGGGUUUCCUCUCCUUACACCUGACGAUGAAGUGGCACACAAGGAAGCCAGUCAUCUGUUGCAGACGAUCGGACACAAGACAGCGGCCUUGUGAGGACAUUCUCCUUGUUAUUCCAUGUAAAUAAAGUGAAACGUCGCCCAUAUUCAUCUUACAAGUUCAUCUUACAAGUUCGCCCUUUGGACUCAGAUACAAGGGGACAUAACUCGUGUAACGCUGGUCGUGUUUGACGAUUGCAAAUGAAGUGUUCAGUAUUAGUCCGCUGUGAUAUGUGUUGUGGAUAUAUUGUGUAUUAAAGCACAGAGGCAAUAUUUUGACGAAGAUUGUAAAAGAAUGUGUAAAUAUAAGAUAAGUGUGAUAUAUAUCAUAAUGCUGGAACUGGAAGUGAUAUAUAAUACAAGACAGUACAUAGAACCAGGAACUAGUCAAUCAUUUAAAAGUAUGUGUAUAAGGAUGAUGAUGAUGAUGAUGAUAUUCAUAAUAAUAUUAAUAUAAUAUAACAAUACUAACAAUAAGAAGCAGAAGAAACAGAAGAAGUACAACUACUACAACAACAACAACAACAACAACAAUAAUAAUAAUAAUAAUAACAAUAGUAUAUUUAAUAACGUGUAUCAAUUGUGAUAACCUCUAUAUAUAUUUUCAAU